AUGGAAGCAUGGUUGUGCAUCUCAUGGGACAAUGACUCAAUUCGAGUUUUCCUACAGUUGAUUGCAAAUGAGAUUACUAAAGGAAAUCGCCCUUUCCUAGUCCUCAGCCAAGCAGGGUACAAGUCCUUGGCAAGGAAAUUUGAGAAAAAAAUAGGAAGAAAACAUGGACAGAAACAGUUGAAGAAAAAGUACAUGAGCUUGAAAAAGCAGUGGCAAGCGUGGACAAAGUUAAUAGAUUCAAGCAAAGGAGUGUCAGGGAUAGGCUUUAACAGUGACACCGGUAUGUUUCAGGCACAUGAGGAGUGGUGGGACAAGAUGGAAUCGGUAAACAAGAUGUGUGCCAAGUUCAGGAAAAAAUCCUUGGAACAUCGUGAGUUGAUGGAGACGGUCUUCAUGGGGACAUCAACUACUGGAGUGCAGGACGUGGAUUCAGAUUCUUCACUAGAGCAUGUUCCGAUUGAAAAGGGGAAAAGGAGAAAGACGCCAUCAAGCAGUGUUUCAAAGUCCAAGAAGGCAACAAGUGGAGCAUCAGUUAUUGCGGAAAGCAUGAACAAUCUAACAGAUGUGGUGUGUACGAAGAAUCAGCAGGUUACGGUGAGGCACCUCACAGGCAACAAAUCGCUGUAUACUAUUUCAGAGUGCAUGCAUCGCCUAACGAGUAUUCCAUCCUUGCUUGGUACGCCGUUAUUCCACUUUGCCUCGACACUUAUGGAUAACGCCGAUUUGCGGGAGGUGAUGAUGUGCCAGCCUGAUGACGACUCUAUCGUAGGGUGGCUUACACAAAAGCAGCUCUAG